CCUAUCACGUGACGGACACAUCUAUGGCAUAUUUUGGUAGUACAUUAGCCAGGGAGAAUUUACGCGUAUUAAUGCUACAUCAUUGCUGGGAGUUGUCUAACCAGGGUGUUGCUAAUCUGGCACAUGGUUUGCCUAAUUUACACACACUCUCACUAUCCGGCUGUUCAAAAGUAUCGGACGAUGCGAUAGAAGUGAUCGCAGAGCAGAUCCGAGGGCUCCGGUAUUUGGACCUCUCGUGGUGUCCACGUGUUAGCGAUGCGGCCCUCGAAUACAUUGCCUGCGAUUUGUCCGACACUUUGACACACCUUAUACUCGAUCGUUGUCUACACAUCACGUGUAUAGGCAUGGGAUACGUGGCAACGAUGACCCGUCUCUGCCAUUUGUCUCUGCGAUGGUGUCCUCAGGUCAGGGACUUUGGACUCCAGACCCUGUGUUCUAUGCGCUCAUUGAAAAGCCUGUCCAUCGCUGGGUGUCCGCAGUUGACAAUCGGCGGUCUCUCGUGUUUAGUACAAAUGCAAACAUUACAGGAACUCGAGUUGACUAACUGUCCGGCGGCUACCAAAGAGCUCAUCAACUAUUUGCGCGAC